UCCAUUCUCAGUUUCCUACCUGGAGUGAUGGAAAACUCGUCUGUGGCAUCUGCCUCCUCCGAGGCAGGGAGUAGCCGUUCUCAGGAAAUUGAGGAGCUGGAAAGAUUCAUUGACAGCUACGUCCUGGAGUACCAAGUCCAAGGCUUGUUGACAGAUAAAACAGAGGGGGACGGAGAGAGUGAGAAGACGCAGUCCAACAUCUCGCAGUGGACGGCGGAUUGUAGUGAGCACCUGGAUGGCAGCUGUUCCUCGUCGAGAGGGAAGGGCUCCUCAUCUCACGAACACAAACAGGAAGAGUGGGAUCGCAGCAGCAGUGGCAGCUCAGGAUCCCGGCCUAGCUCGGGCUCCACGCGUGGGUCUGGCUCCAGGGCUGGCAGCGGGAGAAGCAGCCAGUUGAGUCGCUUGACCAAGAAUGGCAACAAAGAGAGCAACCUGGACAUGCUGGGCACAGACAUCUGGGCAGCCAAUACCUUUGAAUCCUUCAGUGGGGCGACGUGGGACUUGCAACCCGAAAAACUAGACUUCACCCAGUUUCACAGGAAGCUCCGGAACACCUCCAAACACCCGUUGCCUCAUAUAGACAGAGAAGGACUUGGCAAAGGGAAAUAUGAGGAUGGCGACAGCAUCAACCUGAACGACAUAGAGAAGGUCCUUCCCGUGUGGCAGGGUUACCAUCCGUUGCCUCAUGAAGCUGAAAUCGCACAUACCAAAAAGCUGUUCAGAAGGAGGAGAAAUGACCGGAGGCGACAGCAGAGACUUCCCGGAGGAAACAAAUCUCAGCAGCACACGGAUCAUCAGCAAGGUGGCACCAAACACAACCGGGAACACCAGAAGCUCUACCAGGGAGGCCAGGCCCCUCACUCCUCAGGCCGGACUGGCCACCACGGCUACAGCCAGAACCGGAGAUGGCACCACAACCAGAAGCACUCACCCAAUGACAAAGAAACGCACAGAAACGCCAAAGAGACUGAAAAUUUGAAAAUCGAGGACACCUCCGUCUGCACAGUGCAUAUUCCUUUAGAGACCCACCGGGGCCCGGAGAGUGUGGAGAAGCAGUCUCAGCAGUACAUCCAGGACUCGGAAACCAAGCGGAAAGACAGUAUUCACGAGCGCAUUGGGGAAAGGCCCAAGAUCAAUUUGCUUCAGUCUUCCAAAGACAGGCUGCGGAGGAGACUAAAAGAAAAGACGCCUUGUCUUUCCCUUUUCACGGACCAGGACGAAGUCACAGUGGAAACCACCAAUCCCCAAAAGAACAAAAUGGACAAAUUAAUUGAAAUCCUCAACAGCAUGAGGAACAACAGCAGCGAUGUUGACUCCAAGCUCACCACAUUCAUGGAGGAGGCCCAGAACUCCACCAACUCUGAGGAGAUGCUGGGUGAGAUUGUCAAGACCAUCUAUCAGAAAGCAGUGACGGACCGCAGCUUUGCUUCCACAGCUGCCAAGCUCUGUGACAAAAUGGCCCUCUUCAUGGUGGAAGGAACCAAAUUCCGGAGCCUGCUCCUCAACAUGUUACAGAAGGAUUUCACCAUGCGGGAGGAGUUGCAGCAGCGGGACGUGGAGCGCUGGCUGGGCUUCAUCACCUUCCUCUGCGAAGUCUUCGGCACCAUGAGGAGCAGCACUGGAGAGCCCUUUCGAGUCCUUGUCUGUCCCAUUUAUACCUGCCUCAGGGAGUUGUUGCAAUCUCAGGACGUGAAGGAAGACGCUGUCCUUUGCUGCUCCAUGGAGCUGCAAAGCACCGGGCGGCUGCUGGAGGAGCAGCUGCCCGAGAUGAUGACGGAGCUGCUGGCCAUCGCCCGCGACAAGAUGCUGUGCCCCUCGGAGUCCAUGCUGACGCGCUCGCUGCUGCUGGAGGUCAUCGAGCUGCACGCCAACACCUGG